GACCAGCCCUCCUCACAGGGGGCAGGGCAAGUUAAGACAAACCAGAACGGAGUAAAGUAGGCAGUAAAACUAGUGCAGUUGUGGGCUGACAUGUCAUUUGAGCUUGAAGGAAGGAAGGAGCAAACUCGAGACAGGACUUGGGAAGGACUGACUUGGAUCUCUCUGAGCCUGUGAGCUUUUUUAAGAAAUCAGUGGAGAUCCCUGAAAGGCGUGUGUGUGUGUGGGGGUGCAUGUAUGUGUGUGUUUGCGUGUAACUGUAAGGCAUUACGUCCAUAAGGCGAUUCUACAGCUGCCAGUCUCUCAUCAGGUGUUAACAGGAAGAAUGCUGGAACAUUGCCUCACGUUUGGCCGCUCCCUUGUGAGGAGGAAGAAUGUGGACCAGGACUGUCUGGAGGAGUCCAAGCUGUGCCGAUGCCUCUCCACUGUUGAUCUGAUUGCCCUCGGGGUGGGAAGUACACUUGGGGCCGGUGUCUAUGUGCUUGCUGGGGAGGUGGCCAAAAGCAGUUCUGGUCCCAGCAUUGUGGUGUCUUUCCUCAUCGCUGCUCUGGCAUCUGUGAUGGCCGGCCUGUGUUAUGCCGAGUUUGGUGCACGGGUACCCAAGACGGGCUCAGCCUAUCUGUACAGCUAUGUGACCGUGGGGGAGCUCUGGGCCUUCAUCACAGGAUGGAACCUCAUUCUGUCAUACGUCAUAGGGACCUCUAGUGUGGCACGUGCAUGGAGUGGGACAUUUGAUGAGCUUAUAGGGGGCCACAUUGAAAAGUUCUGCAAAAUGUACUUCAAAAUGAGUUUGCCCGGCCUGGCAGAGUACCCUGAUUUCUUUGCUGUCUGUCUGAUCUUACUACUGUCAGAAUGUCGAAGACACGCUAGCUUUCCAAAGGCAGACGAACUUAGAGUGGUUACAAGUUCUGGAAUGCAUCUGUUGGGCUCCAUUUUCCCAAUGCCACGUGUAAUCUAUGCUAUGGCACAGGAUGGGGUGCUUUUCAAAGCGUUAGCCCAAAUCAAUCCUAAGACGAAGACCCCGCUUAUUGCUACAAUGUCUUCAGGUGUAGUUGCAGUGUCUGUGUAUCAUAUGCUCAUAUCUAAAAUCUUUAUACAAUUACUUAAAAAAAUUCCAAUAAUUACAUAUGACUGGAAAAACACAAUUGGCUGCACUUGGUCAAUAUCUGCUCCUUCACAUUUGCUGGUGUUGGUUAAUAUGUUCUUUUCCUUCCAGAGUUACAGGUAUCUGAACUAUGACUCCUUUUUUGUUUUUAGCCUGUUGGGCUCUAUGUUCCCUCUUCCCCGCAUUCUGUUUGCCAUGUCACGAGAUGGCGUGCUAUUCAGAUUUCUUUCCAAAGUGAGUAAGCGUCAGUCGCCAGUGGCUGCCACUAUGGCAGCGGGCACUACCGCGGCUAUCAUGGCUUUCCUGUUUGACUUGAAAGUGCUGGUAGACAUGAUGUCUAUUGGAACCUUGCUGGCAUACUCUUUGGUGGCUGCUUGUGUUCUAAUCCUCAGGUAUCAGCCAGAUGCUGCGUUUGAGAGGUCUAGGAUCAAUGAAGGCAAGGAAGAGGUUGGUGAGUCUGAACUGACAGAGUCUGAGUCUCACCUGAACAUGCUGAAGGAUGGAAGCGUAACCCUGCGCUCUCUGCUCAACCCUCCACUGUUGCCCACUGAGCAGACUUCCACUGCCGUCAAUGUGUCUGUAAUGAUCAUGGUGUUUUUUGUGUGUGUUGUUAGCACACUCAACACAUACUACGGACAGGCCAUUAUUGCUAUGGAGCCUUGGGCCCUGGGGGUCUUGGGUGCAUCUUUGUUCAUCUUCAUCAUGUGCAUGCUUCUGGUUUGCAGACAACCUCAGACGAGGAAGAAAGUUUCUUUUAUGGUUUCCUCAUCUAUUUUGGAUAUGGAAUCUGGCAUAGUGAUGAACGUAAGAGGCAUCUACAGAACUGUGGUGUUGCGACAGAGAAAAAGACAUUGA